AUGACCUCCGAGUACGAUUCUUAUCAGCUAAUACAACAUAUAUUUAUUAAACUACGCACAAAUCCCACCCCAAAUCACAUCAAGCAUAACAUACUGACUAUGCCUAUUCAGGAACUACCCAAUCCUGAGCCAGAACACUGUCCAGGACCCGAAUCUGAAGAUGCUGGAAAAGAUGACGCUUGCAACGGCUGCGCAAAUCAAAGUAUAUGUGCUUCCCAAAUGCCUAAGGGACCUGAUCCGGAUAUGCCCAUGAUCAACAAACGGUUGGAGGUUGUAGAUCACAAGAUUUUAGUUCUUAGUGGAAAAGGAGGAGUUGGAAAAUCGACCUUCACUUCCAUGCUUUCAUGGGCUUUAGCGGCAGACGAAGAAUUGGAAGUUGGGGCUAUGGACCUAGAUAUAUGCGGUCCCUCACUACCACGAAUGUUGGGGGCUGAAGGUGAAACCGUGCACGAGUCCAAUUUUGGAUUAUCUCCGGUUUAUGUUGCUGAUAACCUUGGAUUGAUGAGCAUCUCAUUCAUGUUGCCUGAUCCAGACGCUGCCGUUAUAUGGCGAGGAGCGAAGAAGAACGGACUCAUAAAGCAGUUCUUGAAGGACGUCAACUGGGGAGAUCAUUUAGAUUACUUGGUGGUCGAUACACCUCCAGGAACAUCUGAUGAACAUUUAUCUGUAACUUCUUACAUGAAGGAAGCAGGCAUAGAUGGAGCCUUGAUUGUGACCACACCACAGGAAGUUGCUCUCUUGGAUGUACGCAAAGAGAUCGAUUUUUGCCGGAAAGCCAAUAUCAAAAUUUUGGGUUUGGUGGAAAAUAUGGCCGGUUUCGUGUGUCCCAAUUGUAAAGGAGAAUCGCAAAUUUUCAAGCCCACCACUGGUGGUGGACGCCAACUUUGUAAGGAAUUGGGGAUUCCAUUCCUUGGAUCUGUUCCCUUGGACCCUCGUAUUGGUAAAGCUUGUGACGAAGGUGUUUCAUUUUUCGACAAUUACGCCGAUUCACCUGCUGCUACCGCUAUCUUAGAUGUGGUUGACGGAUUGCGAGACCAAAUUGAAGACCAGGAGAGCUUGGAUAGACUCAAGCUGUUGUCCAUCAAGUAG